AACUUGACUAGGAAAGUGUAGCAGAUGCUACAUGAGGAAAAGGCGGCAGUCAUCAAAAGAUUAAUGAAGAAGGGACAAUUGCCUGCACAACUAACAGAAGUGGAUGAGAAUGGUAACCGUUGGCCAACUAAGGAAGCUUUAAUUUCUGCAAAGAAAGUUGACUUUGGUACCGAUGUUGGUUGGCGUCUACUAUGUGAGCAUUGGAGUGGUGCUGAAUUUAGAGGGUUACCCUUAAGAAACAAGAGGAACAGACUUGCUAAUGGGGAUACAAUCUUCCAUUGCAGCGGUGCGAGAAAUGCUAUCGCCACACGUCAAUUCCUGACACUCAAAACAGGGAAAGACCCUGGAAUUUCCGGUGCUUGGCUUCACACGCACAAUUUGCAUCGAGGGACCGACGAAGAGAAGAUUUGCAGUCAAAGAACUGCCGAUCGUUGGGAGGAUUUUGAUAAGGCAAUGAAAAAUGCUCAUGGAGAAAAUUGGGAAGAGGAGCGCCCAGAUUUAGAUGGACAAGUCAUCUAUGAAGCAGCAGUUAUUUAA